AAGUAAAGGCCGCAUGGCUGAAUCCUUUGGAGUUUGUGGUACCCGGCGCUGAAUCUAUUUGGUAGCAGCCAUCAGCUGAUGCUCUAUCAAGGUCACCCGCGCAGAGCAUCAUGGUCCCACCCCACACCGCAUCCUAACCUAAACCUCGUCGAAUAAGGUAAAAUAGUCACGAAUAGCGGGCAUAAGGAGAUUGUGUGCCCAGUAUCACGUUCACUCGGAAUCCAUCAAUCUUGGACGUUUCCACUCUGGCACGAUGGAGGGGGAGAAGAAACAGGUAACAUGCUACCUCAUGUUUUCUUUAUUAACGGCUGUAAUUGGCUCCCUACAGUUUGGCUUCAACACAGGAGUCAUCAAUGCCCCCGAACAGAAACUGCGGGCAUUUUUUAAUGCCACAUGGAUGGAGCGUUAUGGGGAGCCCAUCAAGCCGGGUGUGUGCACCAUUGUGUGGAGUUUUGCUGUGGCCAUCUUUAGUGUGGGUGGAAUGGUGGGAUCAUUCAGUGUCGGUGUCGUAGCCAACAAAUUUGGAAGACGUAAAUCUAUGAUCCUUGUGAAUAUCUUGGCUCUGAUUGGCGGGGGUCUCAUGGGACUGUGCACUCUCUGCUCCUCCUUUGAGAUGGUCAUUGCCGGUCGGCUAAUUAUUGGGUUGUUCUGUGGCCUCUUCACUGGUCUCACUCCAAUGUAUGUUGGGGAAGUGUCGCCGACUCCCCUCCGCGGGGCCUUUGGAACCCUGCACCAGCUUGGUGUCGUGAUUGGCAUCUUAAUCGCACAGGUUUUUGGUUUGGAGUAUCUGCUGGGUUCAGAUAAGCUCUGGCCUGUACUUCUAGCUCUAACCGUGCUACCUGCCAUUCUGCAAUGUUUACUGCUUCCGUUCUGUCCAGAGAGCCCUCGAUACCUGCUCAUUAACCUCAAUGAGGAAGAACAGGCCCGCAAAGCGCUGGUGCGUCUCCGAGGUUACGAGGAUGUGGGGAAGGACAUGCAGGAGAUGAAGGAGGAGAGUGCGAAGAUGGCCAUGGAGAAGAAGGUGACCAUCCCAGAGCUCUUCCGCACCGCUGCUUACCGCCAGCCUCUGCUUAUCGCUGUCAUGCUGCAGCUGUCUCAGCAGCUCUCUGGCAUCAACGCUGUUUUUUAUUACUCAACUGGUAUUUUUAAGUCAGCUGGAGUGACUCAGCCCAUUUAUGCCACCAUUGGAGCUGGAGCAGUCAACACUGUUUUUACUGUAGUAUCUCUCUUUUUGGUGGAGAGGGCGGGACGAAGAACUUUGCACCUUAUUGGUUUGAGUGGAAUGGCCAUCAGCGCCUUGGUCAUGACCAUUGCUCUCUUAUUGAAGGACAUUGAGGCUGUUCGCUACCUCAGCAUUGCUGCAGUUUUUGCCUUUGUGGCUAUGUUUGAGAUGGGCCCUGGACCCAUUCCCUGGUUCAUAGUGGCUGAACUGUUCUCCCAGGGGCCACGUCCUGCCGCCAUGGCCGUUGCAGGAUGCUCCAACUGGACAGCCAACUUUCUUGUUGGAGUCAGUUUCCCUAAACUGGAGGUAUGA